UUUAUUCUCAAUUGAAAACUAGUUACCUUUUUGUCUGAAUUGUUAAUUGUUAUUAAUCAGUUUGAUUUUCUUUUUUCUUUUUCGGUUAAUUAAAUUGGAUUAAUUUCUAUUUUCUUGGUUUUCUUUUCAUGGUCUUGGGCUAAUUGGUGAGGUAAUUUUUUUCUCCUCCUUUUGGUGAGUUAAAAAUGGAGAAAACUAGAGAUAAAUUGAUCAAAGAGACUCGGAAUUUGGAGUCUUUCAAGGAGAUGUUAAAUAAGAGUAAUAAAUUAACUAAAACAAUGGUGUCCAUAUUAUCAAAUUUCGAUGAGAAAUUAUCCAAAUUAGAGGAAACAAUUGGACCAGUUUAUAAAGAGACCGGUAAUCUACAACAACGACAGGAAAAUCUUGUCAAAACGUUACAAUCAUUUGAUUAUGUUAUCCCUUUUUAUACGGUUGCCAAUGAUUUGGAACCAAUUAUCACCACUGGACCUGAUUCAAUGCCUAUACCUGAUUAUUUGGAUAAUAUGAAUAAGUUAAAAAGUGCAAUCAACUAUUUUGUCAAGAAUAAUCCUGAAAGUCCAGAGCUUAUGAAUGUAACAAGUCUCCAUGACAAAGGAGCUGCUUUUCUAUUGAAAAAGUUUCGAUUGUUAAUAUCAAACCAUAGUCGUCCAUUGGCUCCAAAUAUAAUUUACUGUCUUGUCCAUGAAGAUGAUAAUCAAAGCGAAUUGCCAAAACCUCUUUCAGAUAAAAUUCCGGAAAAGGAUCGAGCCCAAUUGAGAUUAUUAAGUGAAUGGCUUGUUGUUAAUAUGAAAGAUCAAUUUAUUUCCGCUUAUUCGUCUUUAAGAUGUGAAGUUGUUGAAAAAUCUUUGCGUGAUUUUAAAGCUCAUCAAAAAUCUUCAUCAGGUGGAUUCAGUGGUCACCUUAGUUCACCCGCUCCUCCUCGUAAAAGUUUAACACCAAUGAAAGAUAAUCUUCCACUUCGUCGGAAUCCAAAAAGUAUUCAACAAGCAUUGAAGAAAAAGCUUCAAGAUGUAAUUCCAACCGAAAUGUUGGGCGGUCGUUCAUAUCAUUCGGUUCCUCAUGAUCUUUGUGAACUUGCGACAAGUGAAAGAGAAAUUGAAUGUUACCUUACCAGUGUCACUGCUCUUUACCGACUCAUGCAAGCGGAAUUAAAAUUAAUGGAGGGAAUAAUUCCAAUGGAACAUCAGAAAUUACUCUUUAGUCGACUUGUUCAACCAGCGUUAGAUUUUGUGGUCAAUGAGGGUGAAAAUAUCGCCGGUCGAGUGAAAAAGUGUUCAGUUAAACACGACUUUAGUUCAGCUCUUAAUCUUUUCCCUAUUCUUCGGCAUCAGGCAUCCAUGAGGCACAAUUUUGACCUUCUUUUUGACGGAUGUUCAACUGAUGUUCAAACCAAAUUUCAAGGGCUCGUGGUGACUCUUCAAACCACCUUGAACAAAGCACUCGAAGAGUUCAUUGAAUAUAUUCGUAAUGAUGUUGACACCAAAGUACCAAGAGAUGGUACUGUUCAUGAACUCACUUCCAAUGUUAUGAUUUUCUUGGUACAACUUUCCAAUUAUUUGGACAUUUUAUCCAGAGUGAUUACGGUCACCGAUAUGCAAUCAUAUGAAAGAUCAUCUGAUAAAAAUAAACUGGCCUUUGCUCAGUAUAUCAGUCGAGUCCUUCAAACGUUGUCUCUUAAUCUUCAAUUAAAAAGUGAUUGUUAUGCUGAUCAAUACCUGAAGGCGAUAUUUAAAUUGAACAACAUUCAUUAUAUACUUAAGACACUUCGUAAAUCGUCACUUCUUGAGACACUUAAAAUGUACAAUCACGAAAUCGAUCUAGUCUAUGAGAAGCAAAUUAUGGAAAAUAAAAGAAUCUAUUCUCAAAGUUGGUCUCGAGUUCUACACUUUGUCCUUGAAAUCGACAGUAAAACACCGUCACCCGAAUCAAUCGAAAUGGCCAAUAUGAAAUUGAAAGAAAAAGAUCGACAAAUGAUCAAAGAUAAAUUUUCAGGGUUUAACAAAGAAAUUGAAGAAUUACGAAAAGUCCAAAAGGCCUACGCCAUUCCCGAUGCCGAACUUCGUGAAAGCCUUAAAAAGGACAACGCAAUGUUCAUAGUUCCUCGAUAUGAGCAAUUCUAUAAAAAGUAUAGUAACAUGGCCUUUUCCAAGAAUAUCGACAAAUACGUCAAAUUUUCCCCCAAUGAGGUUUAUAAUAUAAUUCAAAGUUUCUUUGACGCGACCGCUUAAUGAUAAUCAAUAGUAAUUUCCAUUAAUUAAUUAAAAUCAAUGUGGUUAAGUCAUUUA